AGAAACUACAACACAAAAAUAAAAUAAAAUUUCAUAAGGAAAUCCGAAACUAAAGUAUCAAUCUAACCACGUUAGUAUUGAUCUCAUACCGAUAAUGACUUAGUAUUGAUAUUAUCAAUAUUUUUGGACCGAUCCGUCCAAAGAAUAAUACUACCACUUCUAUGUUUUCAUGAUUCUACAUGUUUCUGUGAUGCAACCAAGCAGGCCCAAAUCAUGAUAGUGUCACCACCAGUGGAACACGGCCUGUAGAGAUCCAAUCUGUCUGUGAUACAAUCAUCCUCUAGCCCUCAUCCUGGUCACUGUGAUUUACUGAAACUGCUAACUGGCUGCAGUGGUUUCCACUCCUACCUGCAGCGUAUCACACACUCCUCCCUUUGUUUUUCAUCAUGUGUUCAGCAAAGUGUAUAAAGACAGACAUUUCUCCUGUGAGGACUGCGAUGGGACGGUCAGCGGUGGCUUUGACGCUGCCACCUCUCAGAUUGUUUUGUGUCAGAACAACAUCCACCAGCAGGCUCACAUGAACCGAGUGGUCACCCAUGAGCUCAUCCAUGCGUUCGACCACUGCCGGGCCCACGUGGACUGGUUCAACAACUUCAGACAUCUAGCUUGUUCUGAGAUUCGAGCAGCGAACCUCAGUGGGGAUUGCUCCUUCACCAAUGAAGUUUCCAGAUUCAACUUUGGCCUAAAGGCACAUCACCAGCAGUGUGUCCGGGAUCGCGCUGUACGCUCCAUCCUGGCUGUGCGAAAAGUCAGCCAAGAGGAAGCACAAAAGAUCGUCGACGAGGUCUUUGACUCGUGCUUCAAGGAUCACGCCCCUUUUGGAAGGAUCCCACACGGCAAUAAGGACGCCAAGUUCGCCUACAGGGAAUACAUGAACAGGGAUCGAUACUACGCCAACCUUUAGUGUUUGACGUAUCGGAAUCCUGCAGGUGCUCGGGUGACAUUGCCGAUGGAUGGCUGGCGGCGUCACAGGCUGCAGUGUGACAGGAGUAAAUGACUGAGUUGAAACAUUCAGAGAGGGGUGUAGUACUGUGCAUCAGCCCGGACCUCGAGGCCAUGUGGGGAAAGGGCUGGAGACUAUUUUGUCUUUUUGGACAAUGAAUUAAAGCGAGAGCAACAAUGCAUUUCAUUUUCUUCCUCUUCGACUCUGCUGUUGUGUUGAGAGGUUGUAUCGACUGAUCUUACACUUGGGAUUGAAAAUUAAAUGAGGUGGAACCAGA